AUGGAAAAGAUGUUGGCCAAAUACGGAGUGCAACACAGGGGGGGAGUUCCAUACCACCCCCAAACCAGUGGCCAAGUGGAGAACGCCAAUCGUGAUAUUAAAGCAAUACUAGAAAAGACGGUUGGAAUCCACCGAAAAGAUUGGCCCGAUCGCCUAGAUGAUGCUCUGUGGGCAUUUAGGACUGCUUAUAAGACCCCGAUUGGAACGACACCCUUUAGACUUGUAUAUGGGAAAGCCUGUCACCUACCCGUCGAAAUCGAACACAAAGCCUAUUGGGCGAUUAAGAAGUUGAAUAGCGAUAUGGACCUUGCAGGGCGUGAGAGGCUGUGGCAACUUGAUGAAUUAGAAGAAUGGAGAUUAAUGUCAUAUGAGAAUUCACGUGCCUACAAAGAACGCACAAAGCUUUAUCAUGAUAAGCACAUCAAAAAGGGGAGAGAAUUCCGGGAAGGAGACCAAGUGUUAUUCUUUAAUUCGAAAUUGAAACUCUUUCCGGGAAAGUUGAAAUCAAGAUGGUCGGGGCCGUUCACGGUCACAAAAGUUUUUCCCUAUGGAACGAUCCAAAUCAAACAUCCGAGCAAAGGAGAGUUCAAAGUGAAUGGGCACCAAGUCAAGAAAUAUUUCGGAGGAAUGGAACCGCGCGAGGUAGAUGCCUUGCGGCCACAACAGGUGAAGUCACGAAGACCGAAGAAGAACAAGAAAAAGUCAAAAUUGGCGAAAAUCCGAGCCUGGACGCCAGACCGGACGCGCGUCCGAUCCGCGUCCAGUAGCCCAGUUCGAAACGUCAGAGAGCGCUCUGAUAGACGCGAGGCGGACGCACGCGUCCGACCCGCGUCCAUCAGAACGCGAAGCAAGUACUGA